AUGAGUAUGUUACUCGAAAUGAAUGAGCUCCUCGUGGGUGAGGACGAGCUUGUGAUUGAUGUGAAUAGGAAAGAUUCGACAUCGGGAUUGCCACAUCCUAGUGAGCAUAUAAGCCGCACAAUCACGCGUGUGCAUGAUGCUGUCUUGGCUCAUUUAGACGAUUAG